UGGAAUAACCUCAAGGAUAUCUGUUGGCCAGUCGUGGAGGGACUUCAAUCUCCGCGUGGCUGUGACCCCGCCUGAUUGAGUCUAUUGGCUUUGAGCACCACUCAUCUAAGCAAAUUGUUCAUGGUCGGAGGAACUUGGAAACGAGACUGCGUGGGACUGUACAUGAGCAAGCAUGGGUUCGCCAGUUGAUCUUACUUUAGGUUGCAGCACUCAAGCUCCCAGUAGUAAUGGAUACUAUAACCACCAGAACGAACCGACGCAUUCUGAGAACUAUCUGGAGAGCUUGCGGGAAGUUGAGGAACGCGUGCGAAGUCUGGAAGAAGAGCGGCGAAAAGUAGAGGGUUUCAAACGAGAGCUUCCCCUCUGCAUUCAGCUUCUUGAGGAUGCCAUUAAAACCUGGAAGGUGAAGCUUGUCAAUGGGAAACAUCUGCCGCUGCAGCUUAGAAGUGGCUCCAUGGACAGCGGGAGGAAUCAGCAUGUCAUGCCAAGUAGUCCAGGUAGCCGACCCACGCUAGAAGAUUUCAUGCCAUUUAAGAGAAGAUGGGAGCAGCGAGAUCAACCAAGUGAGAGCAGCGAUGUAGAGGAGGAGGUUCGGGGGAGCAAGAGACCGGCAUGGUUGACGGAAGCACCGCUGUGGAGGCAAAGUUCUGGAUGCAGUGAGAGGGAGGGCAAGGAGGUACAGGAGCAUUCCGAGUUCGGGAUCUCGGAGCGAGAGCAGAGUUCGAUAACAAGCUCCCAGAUGCUGUUGAGCGCAAAGCAGCGGCCCGCAGGAGCGUUCCUGCCAUUCAUUCGGGACCAGCCUGGUGCAUCUUCCUUUCUAUCCCGACCCACUCCUAGGACGGUUGCCAGUGCAGCUGAUUUGAGUCUUUCUUUGGGUGAACGCACUACCACCCCAAGCAGUCGCAACUUGAGACCAUCCGACUCGGAAGUCGGUAGCAUUGAUGCAGGUCUGCAGACCCCGGAGGUGCAGAUCCCCAAGGACAUCGGGGUGAUGUCCAAUGGCACUUCUGGUGCCGGAAGCUCCAGUGGAGGCGGGAACCCUACAAGAAAAUCCCGCCGGUGUUGGUCCCCGGAGCUUCACCGCCGAUUCGUCAGUGCCUUGCAUCAGCUUGGUGGAUCACAAAUUGCCACGCCAAAGCAAAUACGCGAGCUGAUGAAGGUCGACGGCCUUACCAACGACGAAGUGAAGAGCCAUCUGCAGAAAUAUCGGCUUCAUACUCGGAGGCCAAGCUCAUCCCCGCAGUCAGGGGGCAUGGGGCAGUCGCCGCAACUGGUUGUGCUGGGUGGAAUCUGGGUGCCACCCCAGUACGCCGCAUCCGGUUCCCAGCCCUCGCCAGGGUUCUACAACCCAUCGGCCGCACAUUCGCCACAACCAAACCAAUUUUGCCCGACUUCUCUUCCUCAAGGGUACUCUUGUAUCAGCAACAGUACUCAAGGUGCUCAAUUGGAGAUGCACCGGGAACCAAUUUUUGAACCGCCACGACAAGCUGGCACAUCGCAAUCUCAAAGCUCACCGCAGGGACCACUGCAAGUUACAAGCCAGCUAUCAGGCGCGACCCAAGGACCUAGCAGCGCAGCAUACCACGAUGAGAGCGCCGGAGAAGAGGAUGCGAAGUCUGAGAGCGCAAGCUGGAAAUGUGACAACCCCAAAGGCGAGGAACUGAAAAAAUCGAACUCAAAUCAAGGGUCUGGUGACGGACAGUCCCGAGCUCAUGUUUCGGAGGAAGAUGUGAAUCAAGCCGACUAAUUGGCAGUGUUCUCAAUCACCUUGAUUGGGGAUUGAUCAGUUUGUGGAGUUUAUCUUGUUGAGCAUACUACAGGUUGUCAAUUGUGAGAUCCUGCCGGCUGUAUCGGACGCUAUGAAAUUCGAAGCGGUGUAGGGAAGGUAGAGAGAGCGAGAGAGUGCGAAGAUUCUUCUUAGAGGCGAGGCUAACACAGGGAAGCCAAGGUACGCGAACCUCAUUCUGAAGUCUAAGCUGGUCCCUAUGCAGACACCACCAUGGAACCAACCUAGACUUUAGAGCCCACCGCAGCAGCUCCCUUUGUGUCAUUUGUUGCAGUGUUUUCCAAACUGCUGAGAGACUUGUACUGUGUACAUAUUCUUCAAUUUUUCUGGUAGAGUUAGGUAGGCGGUGCAGGCACUGCUGCGACCCUCCGCAAACCCUUGAGCAGAUCAUCGGCAGACUCCGCGUUAUGUACCAUAUGUAACCCACAGAUCAUUUAUAUUAGGUGUACAGUGAUUCUUCACCCCCUCAGCAGGUGGGUUCGAAGCGACCAUUCUCAUGCUUCAAGUGUGCAAUUGUGUUUGUUGCGGCGGAAUGUUUCGAAAAUAGAAAACAGCGGCAGAAGAAAUAAUCUUUAGAUUGUAUAAUUUUGAUUAUUACAGUAGGAUUUUUGGAUACCUGGAUCAUAUUUUUCAAAUCGUUUUUAUGUUAUCUAUCUAUAUAUAUAUAUAUAUAUAUAAAUA